AUGACGAAUGAAUCAGACAUAAUAAGUCUCCGUUUAUUGGAUGAAAGAGAUGCUGAUGAUUUUAUGGAAUGGUCUUUGGAUGAAAACGUUAAAGAGUUCUUUUCCGUUGGACAUUUUUCAACUAAAAAAGACGCGAAGAUAUACAUUAAUAGAUCUAUCGUACGACAACAAUGGUUCAGAGCAAUUUGUUUAAACGAAAAGCCAAUUGGUUAUAUCGAGGUAUUACCUGAUCACGGAAUUGAAAGGUUCAGAGGUGAAAUAAGAUAUAUGUUAUCAUCAAAGUAUUGGGGCAGAGGGAUCGCGACCAAGGCUGUGAAGAUGGUGGCGUCCACCAUCUUCGUAGACUUGCCAUACUUGGUUAGGCUUGAGGGUAUGGUGUAUAUUGGUAAUAUAAGAUCACAAAGGGUGUUGGAGAAGGCUGGUUUUACAAGGGAAGGUGUUUUGAGGAAAUAUUAUAGGUAUAAAAGGGAACUAAGAGAUCUUGUUAAAUCAACUUAUUACCUGAUUUACUGAAUAGGUUAUCUAGUAUCUAGGUAAAAUUAGUAUUGUAUUAUGGAAAAUUAUGAAU